GGAUGAGCAUGAGAAGCAAGCCUCCGAUGUGAAUCACAACCUCUGUCCUGGCUCUGGUGGAGGGACACACUACAACUCAGCAUAAAAGCUGAGGAAGCGCUUGGGACGAACAGGGGCUGUCCUGGACCUCUGGCUGGAUGUGCACGCUGAACAUCUGCCGGCUGGAGUCAAGUUUAGGUUUAUACGUGUUUGGGCUUUCCUGCCCAAAUAUAGGCUUCGGAUCAUUUUUACAUUAAAGAAACACUAGUCAUUUAUUUCAGGAUAAACCAUGAAAACAUCCAAUUCAAUUCCUUUUUGUUUAGAUGGCACCAAACAAAAAACAUAGGUUCAAGGCCUUACAGAAACCUACAGGAUACGAACAAAUCCCACAAACAAUUUAACAUAAAGUGUGAAUUCUCGCCUAGAUUUUCCAGGACAGAGAAGCUGAUGUGGGAGAAAUGUGACCUCUCGUCAUGAGUCCAGUCAGACUCUGGCUGCAACAAGAGCCACUGGACAAACUGUGCGUAGGGAGUGCAGUGGAGGGAACUAAUGAUGGAGUCAUGUUUCAGCAUCACUCUGACAAAGGAGGCUCGUUGUUUUAGUGGUUUUCCUGAGAUAGAAGAAGGAGGUCCUAGAGAUUUAAGAUUUGAUGUAGGAGAGAUGUUGGUCAAAUACGACACCAAGGUUCCUCAGUAGAACCUGAAGCUCUGAAGUUUGUGGGAAAUACGGCAUUAUUACAUAAUGUUGUAUUUACAAGUAACUUACUACUAAUGUGCAUUUAGUUAAUAACACUUUCAUUGAAUGAUAAUAAUUCCAGAGAUGGAAGCAAACAUAUGAAAUCAAACAUUUAGUUUUGAUAAGUGACGCCAUCUACUGCCCCACAUCUGUCACAACAGCACGAAGCGCUUCCAGUCCAUCUUUUUGAAUGUCUGCCAGUGUGGGUUUUUUUACUGCUUGUUAGUUCAGGUCUAUAGCAGGUGUGGUAACAUUUGGCUCACAGUCAGUGUGCUUGUAAUGAGCAACCAGUGGGUGAGUGUGGCCUCCUUAACUGUGAUUGGGUUCUUCAGAUAUCAGGUUUAAAAUGAAUGUCCUGCAACCUGGAGCCAAAGGUCUGUGGUGCCAGUCACAAUGCAGCAGUUGAUGCCUCCCUGUAAGCUGUAAGUUCCAGAAGAAUGGGGUCAAGCCUAAGUCUGUUUGCUGAAACCAGUGGGAACAGAUUAUUCACCCUGUGCAGGUCACCAGACUUGAUAAAAAGCCCAGCGGUCACACACACUCCUGUGUGGACCCAUUUAUUCUAAAAUCGAGGUCACCUGAGGUUUAUCUCUUUUUAAGCAUAAAACGUUUCAUUCUGAACACAAUGCCUGCCUCAUAUGAGAGGUUUGAAAUAAGUCAGAGUGAUUGUGAUAGUAACACUUUAUAUGAUGGUUUUUAACUUUGUUUAGAGUUUAAUAAUGGAGGAAUGGAGCCUGACACAAAUUUAAAUUUGGAAAUGGAAGAAGACUCUUAAUGAAAACCCAGCCAGAUGGUAACACUGAAAAUUGCUGCCAAGUGACUAAAGUCUUGUUUCUAAUAUUCUUUCUGUUCCAUUCAAAUGACUAUUGGAAUAAGAACCUAGAGUCUGGAGCAGCGGCGGACUUGCUGUGUGUUACAUAUUAGUAAUCCAGUCCACUCACUUCUCCUUAGGUUGAUAUGAUGGUUUAAAAAUAUAGAACAGUGUAGAAAGUCUGCUUCCAUUUGCCUCUUCUCCAUGAUUAAACUAGAGAUUUGGGUUUGCUUAGGUAAAAUGCAGCAUGCUGUCCUUUCUGUCUCUGGGCACAUGUAAUGAUGGCCACUGGUGUUGCCCCAGUCCAGCCGCUGGCUGUAUAAUGAAGGGUGGGAGCGAGGCCGUUGGAGUGGGGAGCUGCUGUGCUGUGUGUGAGCAGAUCGCAGCGACCUGCUGGAUCACCCUGACACAGAUCAGGUACGCUGUGCACAUCAGGAAAUACAGGUUGUGACUCAAUGAAUGCAUCGUCCUCUUGUCCUCUUGCGCAGCAGCUCCACCUCCAACAUCCUUCUGCCAAUAUAUUCACUAUCUCUCCUCUGCACAUGUCCAAACAUGUCAGUCUGGCCUCUCUGACCUUGAGCCGUCCCUCUGAUGUGCUCCUUUCUAAUCCUGUCCAACCUCAUCAGUGCUAAAGAGAAGCUCAGCAUCUUCAUCUCUGCCUCCAUCUCUUCCUCACUGCUACCGUCUCUAACCCACAGAACAGAGCUGCUCUCACCACUGUCUUUACACCUUUCCUUUCAUUCUUUCUGACUUCUUCUGUUACACAACACUCCUGACACUUUCCUCCACCCACUCCAACCCGCCUGCACUCGCCUCUCCAGCUGUUCUGUCAGUCUGUCCAUCAGCACAGCAAAGAAGAAGGGACUCAAAGCUGAUACCUGGUGUGGUCCCACCUCCACCUUGUACUCCUCUGUCCGACCUACAGCACAUCUCACCACCAUCAUACUCCUCCCCUACAUCCUGGACCACUCUGACUUCUCUACCACUCCCGACAACCUCAUCCAGAACCACAGCUCCUCCCUCCACCCUGUCAUACGUCUUCUCUUAUUCCACCAAGACACAAUGCAGCUCCUUCUGACCCUCUCUGUACCUUCAACAUUCUCAAAGCAAAAUGGCGUCAGUUAUUCUCUUUUAGGGCAUAAAACCAUGCUGCUGCUCACAAGCCCCCACUCUUCCUAAGCCUGGCUCCCAGUACUUUUCCCCAAGCUUUAUUGUGUGGCUUUAUUUCUCUGUAUUUUCAGUUCUGCAUGUCCCCCUUAUUCCAGCAGAACACAAUUUCCUCCUCCACAAAAUUUAAAUUCAUUAUUUAUAUUAUUUAUAUAGCGCCAAAUCACAACAAAGUUAUUUUAAGGCACUUUCCAAGGUAAAAUUUAAGACCUCACAUAACUAAACCCAACUGUCAGGAAGGACCCAAAUGCAGCUUUGGAGGCAGGACUAGCUAAAACAAGUCUUUAAUAAUGUCCGGUCCAAAAUGACAGCCAAAGGUUCAGACACAGUAAUUCCAAGGCACAGGGACCGACAGGGACUAAACAAACAGGAACAAAAGAACAAGAUACAAGAAUGCUGGAAAGUGGUGUGAACACAACAAUUUGGCAAAGGCGUGAGGGUGCGUACUCGCGUAUAUAAAGUAUGACAAGGUUAUUCACUGAUAAAACACAGCUGGUACAUCACAUGAUCAGCUAAACAAGCGGGAACAUCUAAGGCGAGACAAGAACUAAACAGGAAGUUGACAAAAUAAUACCGGAAAUUGCAUAAUGCAACGACUAAAAGUCCAGAUUCAUGACACCAACAAAUCCCACAUACAACAAGCCUUUAAUUGUAAUUAAUCACAGUUUGACAGCAACAGUAGAAAGGAAAAACUGCCUCCAGCAGAAGCAGGUUGAAUGCGGGCGGCCAUCUGCCUUGACGGGCUGGGGUGGAGAGAGAGAAACGCACAGAAACGUCUAACCUGUGUAGCAGGUUAGACACUUCCUUUCCCUUCCUCUUCCUCUGGACGUGGUCCUGUACUUCCUCAUUCCACCAGCAGGUGUCCUUAUCUUACUUUCUCUAGGGGAACUCUGCUGCAGCAUUAGAAAUUAAUUGCUGGGACAUACCAGUGACUUAUUGUUAUUAGACCUGUUCGAAUUUUAUGUAUGCAUAAGAUUUGAGAUGUUCGCAUGAUUUGCUAAUCUCUGCAUUCUGUAUCAAAACUCACUUUGGAAAUGGGAUUUUAUUUGACAAGUAUGUGUCGUCACACAUUGAAGUGCUUGGGACAGCACUGAGCCCACAGGCCCAAGGACAAACAGUCGUGUGCUGCUCUGAUUGGCAGCACUUUGUUUUGAAAGGGCACAGAAGGCAACUAUGCAGACCAGACAGAAAACCUGAUCCUGCUAAGAUGGGGGAGAAAAAGGUCCACCACUCCUCCACGGAGUCAUCCUGGAUGAUCCUCCUCCAGGUGCUGCCUUCAUACCUGCUGGCUGGACUGGGAAUGGUGAUGGCUGGAAUGUUGCUGGACCAGCUACAGCACUGGCAGGUGUUCGAGGAGCUCUCAGAGGUGUUCAUCCUGGUGCCAGCUCUGGUGGGACUGAAGGGAAAUCUGGAGAUGACGCUGGCAUCUAGACUUUCCACAGCAGCCAACACGGGGCAGCUGGAUGAGGCUGAGCGGCAGUGGAGGAUGCUGCUGUGCAAUCUGGCCCUCAUUCAGGCCCAGGCCACCGCUGUGGGCUUCUUGGCAGCGGUUGCAGCAGUGGCGCUGGGCGCUGUGACCAGAGGGAGGCUGGAUGUGGUCCAUGGCGCCGCCCUGUGCGCCAGCAGCGUCACCACUGCCUUCAUCGCCGCACUGUCUCUAGGUCUGGUGAUGGUUGCUGUGAUCGUGGGCUCCAGGAAAGUGGGCAUUAACCCCGACAACGUGGCCGCCCCCAUCGCCGCCAGCCUCGGAGACCUCCUCACUCUGUCUGUGCUUGCUUGUGUGAGCCGCUUCUUCUUUUGUUACAGAGACAUGUGGGUAUUGCCUCCUGUGGUGUGCGCCUGUUUUCUGCUCCUCAUACCAGCAUGGGUAGUUGUUGCCCAUCACUUUCCCCCAACCAGAGAAGUCCUGAAGUCCGGCUGGCAACCUGUAAUUUUAGCCAUGGCCAUCAGCAGUAUUGGGGGUCUGAUCUUGGAUAAAACAGUGAGCAAUCCAGACUUUCAGGGUAUGGCAGCAUUCACUCCAGUCAUUAAUGGCGCAGGGGGAAAUCUUGCAGCCAUCCAGGCCAGCAGGAUGUCCACCUACCUCCACCACUGGAGUGAGCCUGGAGCGCGUCGCUCUCACAUGAGUCCAAGCUGUCCUGGGCCGUGUGCCGCCUUCUGUUCCCCAGAUUUGAACUCCAAAUCAGCCAGAGUCCUGGUCCUUCUUGUGCUCCCAAGUCACCUGGUGUUUCUGAGCACCAUCCACCUCCUGCAGGGAGGACACGCUGUCCUGACACCCACCUUCAUCCUCUGUUACCUGUCUGCAGCUCUGAUUCAGGUGGUGAUUCUGCUCUGCGUGGCCGACCUGAUGGUGCGCUGGCUCUGGCAAAGGGGACUGGAUCCAGACAACUUCUCCAUCCCCUACCUCACCGCACUGGGUGACCUGCUGGGGACUGGCCUCCUGGCCGUCAGCUUCAGACUCACUCUGUUAGUCCGUUCCACUUAAAGUGGAGUUUUCUAAAUGCAAAUGUCUGGAGGACACUGCAAAGGUCAAAGAACACUAAAAUGUAGGAGGUGCUGAAUUUGUGUCUCAAUACUGACAAAAUUGUAAUAUAUGUAAUACCUGUUGAACCGCUGGUGCUGUCGCCUUCGCUCUUUAAUGUUUGUUCCAAGGCAACAAUAGAAUAAGACUGAAUGAAUCAUCAGUCAAAAUCAG